GGGCUCGGGCGCCCCGGGCCGCCGCUCCGAGCCGCGGGCCUCGACGCUUUUCCCCCACCGAGGCCGAGGCGCCCCGGAGCCAUGGCCGGCCUGAACUUCGGGGUCGCAGGCGCACUGCUGGGCUUCCUGCUGCUGGGCGCGGCGCGCCUGCCGCCCGGAGCCGGUGCCUCUGAGAUCGCACUGCGCCCAGGCAGCGGCAUCACACUGGUCAUCCAGCCGAGGACCCCCGCCCUGCCCGGGAAGUCCUGUUACAUCUUGACUUCCAGAAGACGUGACACCACACUGACCAUCAGGUCUGGGGAAAGAGUAGCGUUUACCUUCAGCUGCCAGAACCCGGAGAGCCACUUUGUCAUGGAGAUCCGGAAGAGUGUGGACUGCGUGUCAGGCCCGUGUCCCUUUGGGGAGGUGCAGCUGGAGCCUUCGACGUCGGUGUUGCCCGCCCUCAACAGAACUUUCAUCUGGGACAUCAAGGCCCACAAGAGCAUCGGGCUGGAGCUGCACUUCUCUCGUCCCCGCCUGAGGCAGAUCGGCCCCGGCGAAGCUUGCCCGGACGGCGUCACUCACUCUAUCAGCGGCCUCAUCAACACCGCUGAGGUCAAGAUCGGAACUUUCUGCAGCAAUGGCACCGUGUCCCGGAUCAAGAUGCAAGAGGGGGUGAAGGUGGCCUUGCACCUGCCGUGGUUCCACCCCAGAAACUUCUCGGGCUUCAGCUUUGCAAACCACACGGCUAUAAAACGUCUGUGCAUCAUCGAGUGCGUGUUCGAGGGUGAGGGCACGGCCACCCUGAUGUCGGCCAACUACCCAGAAGGCUUCCCCGAGGACGAGCUCAUGACGUGGCAGUUCCUGGUCCCCCCGCACUUGCGGUCCAGUGUCUCCUUCCUCAGCUUCAACGUCUCCAACUGUGCGAAGAAGGAGGAGCGGGUGGAGUACUACAUCCCGGGCUCCACCACCAACCCCGAGGUGUUCAAGCUGGGGGACCAGCAGCCCGGGAACAUGGCCGGGACCUUCAACCUCUCCCUGCAGGGCUGCGACCAAGAUGCCCAAAGUCCAGGGAUCCUGCGGCUACGGUUCCAGGUCCUGGUCCAGCAUCCACAGACCGAGAGCAAUAAGACCUACGUGGUUGACUUGAGUAACGAGCAGACCAUGUCAUUGACCAUCGAGCCACGGCCUGUCAAACAUGGCCGCAAGUUUGUCCCCGGCUGCUUCGUGUGCCUGGAGUCGCGGACCUGCAGUGCCAACGUCACCCUGACGUCUGGCUCCAAACACAGGAUCUCCUUCCUGUGUGACAACCUGACCCGCCUGUGGAUGAAUGCCGAGAAAACCCUAAGCUGCCUGGACCCCCGCUACUGCCAGAGGAAGUCCUACCACCUGCAGGUGCCCAGCAACAUCCUCCAGCUGCCCGUGCAGCUGCACGACUUCUCCUGGAAGCUGCUGGUGCCCAAGGACAGGCUUAGUCUGGCGCUGGUGCCGGCGCAGAAGCUGCAGCAGCACACGCACGAGAGGGCCUGCAGCAGCAGCUUCAGCUACCUGCUGGCCAGCGCUGUGCCGGGCCAGGACCUGUACUUCGGCUCCUUCUGCCCCGGAGGCGCCAUCCAGCAGAUCCAGGUGAAGCAGAACGUGUCGGUGACCCUGCGCACCUUCUCGCCCGGCUUCCAGCAGAACGCCUCCAGGCAGGUGCUGAACGUGUCCUUCAUCCCCUUCUUCAAAGAGGAAAGCAUUUUCACCGUGACCCCAGACGCGAAAAGCAAGGUCUACCUGAGGACCCCUAACUGGGACCAGGGCCUGCCAUCCCUCUCCUCGGUGUCCUGGAACAUCAGCGUGCCCAGCAACCAGGUGGCCUGCCUGACCUUCGUCAAGGAGCGGAUGGGCGUGGUGUGCCAGACGGGCCGCGCGUUCAUGAUCAUCCAGGAGCAGCAGACCCGGGCCGAGGAGGUCUUCAGCCUGGAGGAGGCGCUGCCCGAGCCACGCGUCCGCCGUCGCAGCUUCUGGGUCAACGUCUCCAACUGCAGCCCCGCCAGCGGCAAGCAGCUGGACCUGCUCUUCUGGGUCACGCUCACCCCGAGGACUAUGGACCUCACGACCGUUAUCAGCGCGGCGGUGGUAGGUGGCGCCUUCCUGCUGUUGGCCCUUGGACUCAUCAUCUGCUUUGUGAAAAGGAAGAAGAGGAGAAACAAGGGCCCUGCCGUGGGCAUCUACAACGGCAACGCUAACACCCAGAUGCCAAGGCUGCCCAAGUUGUUUCAGGAGCGGAAGGACGACGACGCGCACGUGUACGCCGUCAUCGACGACACCAUGGUGUACGGACAUCUGCUGCAGGAUGCUAGCGGGUCCUUCCUGCAGCCCGAGGUGGACACCUACCGGCCCUUCCAGGGGCUCAUGGGGGACUGCCCUCCCUCCACACCCGCUGUGUGCUCCAGGACCCCGACCUCAAAGUUGGCCUCGGACUACUCACCUCCUCCCGUGCCUUCUGAGUCUGAAGGGGAGCCCUACACCUUCUCCCAGCCCACGAAGGAGGCUGCGGGCAGUGGGCACCCAGACAUUCCCUUGCUGCACACCCAGGGGCCAACAGAGCCGAUGGAGUGAUUCAGACCCAUCCAGCGGCUUCCCUGGACACCACCCCCUUCUGCAGUGACGAGACGCUGCCAACGGUGAAUUCCAGUCUGUCUGGGUGUCAUGAGACACAUCCUCAACUCAGGCUGGGCUGUAAACCAGCCAGCAGAGAGGAGAGAGGCGCGGGCCGUCGGCACAGGGUUGCCCGGAGCCCUGGACUUGGCAGUGGUGGACAGGGGCAGCAGACCUGCUACUACGAGCCCACUCAGUCCCUUUGUGUGAUGAUUUAUCCGGUGGUCCUGUGUGUUAAGAGGUCAACUAUACGACCAGGCAGCUGUUUUUUUUUUUACUUGACUUAGCCACAACUUAUGCUGAUUUGAAUGGCUGGGUUUUGACUGUGGCUGACCACUGGGAGGGGGGGAUAAUCUGCAUUCUCUCCAACCAGAAAAGGGUGUGUGUGCGCGUGUGUCCUGUGUGUGGAAGGUGGCUCUGCGGUGUGCAUGUGUGCAGUACUGAAGCAUGUCUACUUUGAUCAGAGCCUCCUCCUCACACUGCGCAGGUGGUCGUCCCCUAUUGCAAAAACCAGACUCAUUUUGCUCCCCAUUUUCCUUUCAUCCUAGAAAUAAGAGAAAUUUCCUUGAGUUGCCGUGUGUGGCUGUCCCAGCUGUAGCAGUACUUUGUGACUUGAGUAUUUCCAUGCUCUGCAAAUGUUAACUCUACCCCCAGGGAGUGGCCACCUGCGCACCACAGCACGUGACUUGAUGGCAUCACAACAAGACUAUUACUGUCGCGCAGUUCUGGGGAGCAGCAUCCCAACAGGGGUCUGAGCUGAGCUGCCCGGAAGGCCCCGUCAGGUUGGGAUCUUUGGGGUGUCACGGUUCUGCCCACUACACCUUCCUGCCACUGGUGCCUGCUGCAGACUGCAACAUGAUCCAGCCCACAUGGCUGUUUUGGUUCGCCCAGAGCAUCCUUUCUUUACAUCAAAUUUUAAGAUUGUAAAAAUUUUACAUAAAAAUGGAGAUGAGGGAUCUGGGUGUGUUGGGGCUCACGUGGAACUGAGCAGCAGCUUUGCCCUUGGAGGGGGCAUCCAGUGCACCACAGUCCCCACUGCUCCCUGUUGCCUCCCACCGUGAGGCUGAGUGUUUGCUGUCACAGCCCAGUGUCCUGCAGGGUUGCUUUUCUCGCAGUGAGAAGGAAGGGCUGGGACCCCUAUCUCAGGUGAGCAGACAGACCUCGAGGCCGGCAUGUAGUGUCCUACAGUCCCUCACUAUGUUACCAGCCAGCUCCUGUGUGGACAGUGGCCUUGUGGUCCCUGAUGUCUUCUGGGACGAGAGGGGGUGGUGGUGGCUUCUUAGCACCGUCCAAGGUUCAGUCUGUCAGGCAAAAACCUCCUUCCAAAAAAAUGCAUUUGGUGUCUGUGGCUUGGAAAUGCAGCGCCUCGUUCCCACAGCCUUGGCAGAGGAGCUCGUGUCCUGUGAGGUCUCCCGAGCUCUGUGCAGGUGGAGCGGGGGUGGAGCGCCCUCAGUGCUACCUGGGGCCCCCUCCCUCCGGAAAGGCUGGCUCCUGCCCACUUACCCUUGGCCCCUUGACCCGGGGUGCUGGGUAGCCCCUUCCAUGAAGGGCCAGAGGACGGUGGCCUCCUCCUGUCAGCUGAAGGAACCUUGUCUGGAGGCAUGCACUGAGCCCUGGCUCUCCACCGUCUGCCUUCCCUUGCCUCCUGGCCUCUCGGAGCACCUCUCUGCGCUUUGUGUCGCUCCCAGGGCACAGUUGGCCACCUGGGGGCUCGCUGCCCAUCACACACCUCCCUGCCGCUUGCACGUGGCUGCGAGGUUGACUCCCCGAAACCUCAGGUGGGCUUCACAUUCUGAGAAGCUGUGUGCCAGCACAGUGCCUUCGCACACCAAGCCAGCGGGUGCCCAGGCAGCCCUCAUGCCCGUGUGCCCCGCCCGUGAGGACGGCCAGCUCCUCCGGGUCUCACUGCAGGGGCUCUGCCUUGAGUCCGCAGGGACAAGCCCAUGUCCAUCAGACAGAACCUUGGUAAAGGUUCAGAGACUCGUGUGUGCAGAUCUGUAAUGCUUAACUGGAAAUAAUUUAUUCAUUGUAGAUAAUUUUAGCAUUUUAUUCAUUUCCUGUACUUUUUAAAAUAAAGAUU